AUGCGUCAGGCCUCUGCUGAUCCCGUCUGUUUGAGUCUUGGAUACAACAGUCGCAUCAGUCAGAAAGAGCAGGGUGCACUCAGACUAAACAGCGUGAAGAUUCAUGUGACCGCAAAGUUGUCUUUGCUGCGUAUAUGUGUGUGUGUGAAGAAGGAAUCGGCCAGGCUUAGGAGACUGCUUAUUGCCAUUGGCGACUUGCCGUGA